CCGUUAGUCUCUGUGUCUCCGUUAGUCUCUGUGUCUCCGUUAGUCUCUGUGUCUCCGUUAGUCUCGGUGUCUCCGUUAGUCUCGGUGUCUCCGUUAGUCUCGGUGGGCUGUCGGUACAGCUCGCUCCUCCUCCUCCGUUAGCUCGGUGACGCGCAUCGGUGACGCGCCUGACCGCGGCCAUCUUUGUAGUCCACAACAAGAGGCGUCAUGUCGGAGCCGACUGUCCGCGUGUCCGGGAUCGUGUUAGCGUCUCUCAUGUUCCAGCACGUGAACAGCGACUCAGACGUGGAAGGUCUUCUGCUCGGAGAGAGCCGGUUUGAAGAACAGGUCACUAUCAGCGACUCUCAGGCUGAUCACAUCCACAUCGAGGAGAUCUACAAUAUCCAGAAACACAUCGCCUGCCACAAACUGAACCAGUUCUACAGCAGCGUGGGAGACGUGAACGUGGACACCGUGAAGAAACUCCUGGCAGACAACAAGCAGGACGGCGUGAUCGGCUGGUACCGGCAGCGCAGGAACUCGGAGCAGCAGAUGACGUUCAGAGAGAAGGUGGUCCAUGAGAAGCUGAAGAGCUCUCUGUCCAACCCGCACAUGAUCUUUGUGCUGCUGACGCCGAGCACGGUAACGGCUGCAGGCUCAACCCACCGCAUGGAGUACGCCGCCUUCACCUCACGCAGCAGACAGUUCAUGAACGUCCCCGUGUUGGUCAACAAUCUUGGGUUACUGGAGCAGCUGGCGUACUGGAAGGUGUCGGUGCCGUGCUCUGCGUCAGGUUACAACCUCACCAUGAAGAAACACGGCUCGAAGUUCUUCUCGUCCAACGGGCUGCUGAGGGAAGUGAACGACGUGAACAAGAUGAACGACUGUCUGCAGGCGGAGCUGCAGAAAGCGUGCGGAGACGUGGAGGACAGCGAACGUCUGGUCGAAGCUCUGCAGGCCGAAGUGUCCGCUCUGAGGAGACGACUGAAGGACAGGAAGGAGGAGACAGGAAGAGCAGUGGUCGUGGAUCGGUCCGGUCAGAAGAAGAACCUUCUCCUUCAUGAGGCGGUCCGGGUUCUGUUCAGCUCGUCUCUGUUUCACACUCAGACUUUGACCCUCGAGGCGUUUCCUGUUCCCGAUGUCUGCUGCGGCGCCGAGCAGGACCGAGACGUCUCCACGCCGACGAACCGCUCGGACCCGGCGGACGCUCAGAACUCACUGUCCUCCUCGCUGCUUCCUGUCAGGACGAACUCUCGGAAAAGACUUUCGGACACGCAGCCUGAGAGGAAGCGCAGGAAGAGCGACUCAUGACACGUUUCCAUGGAGACGGUCACUUCCUGAUGGUUCAGCUAACGUCCAGUUAACGUCUAGCUAACGUUCAGUUAACGUCUAGCUAACGUUCAGCUGGUUUCAUGUUAUUUUGUUCUGAUAAAGAUUCUUUUUGUAAAAA